CCCUCUUUGAAAUCGAAGCACGGCAAAGCACAGAUCGCACCUAUCAGCAUGAGUCGGAUACACCCUUCCUACUCGUCCUGCAGGCCUCGUCACCAGCAUGCCGCCGCCUCCACGGCACCGCCGCCGCCGCCGCGACCGGCCGUCUACACGGUGUGGAAGAGGUCCACCAUGGGCUUCCAUGGCACCGACGGCUUCUCCGUCUACGACCACGCCGGCGCCCUCGCCUUCCGCCUCGACAACUACUCGCGCCGCCGCAAGCUCUUCGCCGGCGAGCUGCUGCUCAUGGACGGCCAUGGCUCGCCUCUCCUCGCCCUCUGCCCACAGAUUAUCAGCAUGCAUGACCAGUGGAAUUGUUACAGAGCUUCAGAAGAAGGCCACGGCAAGAGGACAAGGACACAACAACUCUUCUCUAUGAGAAAAUGCUCAAUUAUGCAAACCAGUCAUGAAGCGGAAGUGUACAUGUCAGGACCUACCAAUGCGCCAGGUCGUACUGGCCAUGUUCCCAGUUUCUGUGUCGAGGGCAGCUUCAGGAGAAGAAGCUGCAAGAUACGGAACAGCAAUGGCGAGCAGGUCGCAAGGAUAACAAGGAAGAAGGCUGGAGGAGCAGCAUUGUCCCUGACACUGGCUGAAGAUGUGUUCAGUCUUGAGGUCCAACCGAAUGUAGAUUGUGCGAUGAUCAUGGCUUUCGUCAUUGUUCUUGACCGGAUCUGCUGGAAGCCGUACACACCUUUGAUGUGUUCUUCAUAGUUCAAGCCUUCAAGCUGGUGAUGAACUCUAUUUGACACGUAGGAAAAUAGAUGUUUCGAUUCAAGUGAAAUCGACAAAUUAAUUCAAGAAACUAGUAUAAGACUGUAGUUUUCUAAUUGUACUGUCGAUGGACUGAGACUAACAUGUAACUUGUUCUAAAUUUGUUCACUUAUAAUUUAUAAAAGGAAGAUCAAAUUUGCAGAUUGA